AUGGACAUCGAGGAAUUACAACAAAGAGUCCAGGAGCAGCCGUUUGAGUUGAGCCAACACGACACCUUGAUAAGUGCUCUCCGCCUCCACAAGACUACGAAAGUGUUGGACUUGUACCAGGCACGAGUCAAUAAGCUCGAGUACUUCACCCUCCGCCAUGAUGAGAUUAAUGAGAUUCUUGAAGAUUUAAUGGCAAUUGAUGAUAAAAAUACCCGGAUCGAGCUCGUCGACGGGUUCUAUAACCUCCUUAUACGUGAGUACCCCACCAGUUCCUACUGGCUUCGAUAUUUGGAUUUCGCUUCCCAGGUCAAAUCUCAUCUGGAGCUUCAUGAGAUGUACACUCGGGCAUUGAACGACACCGUACACGAUUUUGAAAACAGCCACUUGAUAUGGAACAAAGUACUAGAGUUCUUUACAGAGAUCCCCGAGGGGUCUACACCCGGCUCUGACCAGAUUCAAAUGUGGUGGAAACUACACAUUAAGCGUCUCAGCUAUCCACACAACAAGCUAGAACAGUCAUUUAGCGACACUUCGGAAUUUGUAUCCGUGUAUUUUCCGGAUAAGUACGACGAGUUUAUGACCAUGGCUCUGGAGGUCCAUGGUACGACACAGCGGCUGCAAAUUUACUACGAAAAGCACGAAGUGCACCUUACGCUGAAACACAAAGAUCCCGAUUUCUGGGCCCGGUACCUCGCUGACGUCGGGAAAUACUCCACGGACUUGCGACAGGUUUCGACCCUAUUCUACCGGUCGCUCAUGCUGGCUGUCAGCGAUUGGGUGCCCGUAUGGACCGCAUAUAUCUUCUUGUUGUAUUCUAAGGAUGAUAACACCAAGUUCUUGAUGGACAUCCUCCCCAAGUUCGUGUGUUCUUUCCCUGGAGCAUUUCAUCCGUACGUGGAGUACAUCAGGAACAUGGAGCUCUUUGACGAGCCGGAAUUAUAUGACAGGAUACGAGACAGAAUCGAGUAUAUGAAGUUGUUAAACCCGACCAGUCAGGGCUGGCAGCUUAUUGCCACCACGAUUCUUUCCUUUGAGAACCGAGUUGAAUCGCCCCGCUUGUUGGGAGAUGUGAAGCGGUUCUUUACGGGUGCUGUUGCAGACAAUAGCGUUGUUUCUGCCGAAGACAAUGCGCAUCUGGUGGAGAAGAUAUGCAUUUCGAUUUAUGAGUCCAGGGGACUUCUUGAAGAGGCCAAACACUUGGUGCUGAAGCUCACAUUGGUGUUCGGAGGUGAAAGUGCCGUCUGGAUAUAUGCAUUGAGGUUUUUUGAACGUAACCACUUUAAGUAUGAGGAUGUAAGCAGAUUUUUGCACACUGCAAUAGCAGCGGCGGUGGAGAUGGACUCACCUGUGCAACUCAUAAACGAAGCUCUUUUGUAUGAACAAGUGUAUGGCACACGCAUAUCGUUGCAGAAAGCUGUGGUGAGAGCCAAUAUCGUCUACAGAACAAUCAAUGAGAAGAAGGCAGAAAGUGAGGACGAAGAUACGCAGUGGAACCAGUCAGCUGUCGCAGAAUUUGUCAGUACUCCAGGUGUCACUACGCGCAAAAGGCCGCUAGACACCCACGAACCCAUACCAAAGAAGGUGAAAAUAGAUAAGCCCACCAGAAACAGAGAAGAGCUUUCCGUCAAGGUGACAGGACUACCAGCAAAUGUCCCUGAAUGUACGGUCGAACAGUUCUUUCAAGACUGUGGAGUGGUGAGAAAUGUGGUUGUGUUCCACAGUGGAGAAGGGUGCGAAGCGGUGGUGGAGUUCGAAGACAACCAGGCAAUUUUUGCAGCAUUAACCAAGUCGCACAAGAAGCUUGAGAACCAAGAAGUUCUUGUAAAGCGUAUGUCCCACUGCAUUUUGUGGGUGUGUAACUUCCCUCCUUCCAUGGACAAAACCAAGCUCAUCAAGGUGUUUGAACCGUACGGGACUGUCAUAGACGUACGGUUGCCAUUUCAGAACAGUCAGCACCGCCAACGCCGGUUCGCGUACAUUGAGUACGCGGAAGGAGAACAAGCCCGUGCAGCGGUUUCGCAAUUGAAUGGUAAAAUGCUCCACGACGACCUCAAUGACAGCACCUAUAAGCUUGUGGCCAAGUUCUCCGACAACAGUGCUGAGCGUGGACCGCCAGUAUUCAAGAGACAAAUAUACGUAGGAAACAUUCCAUAUGAUACUACUACUGCCCAGGUGCGAGAGUUUUUCCAGGUAUAUGGCCGAGUCGAAAACGUCACAUUACCCAUUUCCACCCAAACAAAAGAACGGGGGCAUAUGAAUAGCGGGUACGGGUUCGUUUUAUUCCAAUCUGAAACUUCUAUUGCCCAAGCCCUCACAGCAGAUGGUAGUCUGUUUCGCGACCGAAUCAUCAAAGUAUCUGCCUCCAAACCCUCCCAAGUGGAUAUCGUGAACGAGUUAAGACCUUUCAACCACCAGCUGUCGUUGGCCUUAUACCAGGUGCCCAAAACAGCCACCAGAGAGCAAUUGCUGUUAUAUUUCAAACAAACCACCGGGGUUAAACCUACACGCAUAACAAUAUUUCCUGAUAAAGAAGCAGCUGCGGUGCAAUUUGCAUCCACUAGCGAGUCUGGAAAGGCCGGGCUUGCGAUACAAAGCCAUCAAUUCAACAGCACAUUUUUGAAGGCCGAUAGCCUUGAUACCUUGACCUCCCUGGUACCACGUGAGGCCCCUGUGCCCUCUCCCGGGCCCAAGCGUAAUUACUUUAUACCAGCAUCGGUACAACGCAGGUAG